AUGGGGAUAUCUCCUCCGAUGGUUUUGAGUCCUGUUGCAUCACUUGCCGAGCCACCGGUUGUUCCAUCUUCUGGUUAUUAUAAUACUAAUAACUUCAAUCCCAAUAUGAUGGAAUUCACACAAAAUAGUCAAAUUUAUUUGGGAGAAUGGGAUGUGGUCGGAGUUGGGAAUUCACAUCAUCAAAUCCCAACAACUGGUUCGUCCCCUUCUCCCUCUACAAUAAAUCAUAAUCAAACCAGUGCGAAUGUAUCUGUGCUUGGAAAUUCCACAUCUCCGAAUCAUCCAAAUUCUCCUCCGGGUUCUAAUGGAAAUCCCACAUCGAUUCAUCAGGAUCAGUCAUCUAAUUAUUUAUCUUAUCCUAUGAAUGAUGAUCAAAAUACUUCCAACCUUUUUAUAAACGGUAGUCAUGCCAUGAUAAAUGGUAACACUGUUCAGGAUUUGGGAGCUUUGGGACAAAAUAACGUAGAUGGAACAAAUAUUAACAUUAACGGAAAUAACAUUGACAAUAAUAAUUCUCCACAUCAUCAAAUGAUGGUGCCACCUCAUCCCCAUCACCCAAUGCUAAUUCAACCGGCAAGUCAUUCUCAAUCAUUUUCAAAUUCCUCAACAUCACAUCAUGUGUGGGUUCAACAGCAGCAAUG